AUGGUUAUAAUAAAUACAUUUGACUAAGCUAAUAUUUUCAGAAACUAAUGUAGUAAAUAGUAUUGGUUAGAGGGUUUUGAUAACUAUUGAUCAUUCCUGUUUAAAUUGGAAGCUGCCAUGAAACUUCCCCGACAGCUCAAUUGAGCAAUUAUAAAUAAGAACGUAGUAUUGUUGGUAGAAUGAAGUUCUUUCCCAGCAGCAUCCUAGAAAAUUGUCCUCAAACAAUUUCUGAGAGCUUAGAAGCAUAUAAUGUCGGCCCAACUCAAUUCACACUGCGGCUAUGGCACGGUGCUUCUUAACAUAAGCAUCAGCACCCUCACCAAAGCUCAAAAGCGAUGGCGCAUCGCGUAUAUGGCGAUCUAUUUUUCUCGGACUAUGCUCUCCUUUGUAAGAGAGAUUGUAUCCGAGAAGAACCACCAACACCACCUCUCUGGGAUAUUAACUUCCCCAUCUUACACUGUUCUCACUAUCAAAGAGACAACUCCCCAACAUGUCGUAAUCGAUAAUGUGCAUGGUUCUCACAUGCCCAACGGUGAGAAUCUGCAUGAACCUGGCAUGCCCAAGAGAGAAGACCCGCCUGGUUCUUCUUACUUGCCAAAAACAGAAAUCGAAAAUGUGCAUGGUUCUCACAUGCCCAAUGAUGAGAAUCUGCAUGAUUUUGACAUGCCCAAGAGAGAAGACCCGCAUGGUUCUUCUAACUUGCCGGAAACAGAAAAUCUACAUGAUUCUGGCUUCCCAUGCAUUGACAAAAUAAAACUCUCAGAAAUGGUGAAGGACAAAAGCAUGUAUGAGCUUCGUACCUUUGGAGGUAUUGAAAGCUUAGCCACUGCACUGGAGACUGACCCUGAAAGAGGAAUCUGUGGGAGUGAUCAUGAUAUCAGCCGGAGGCAUGCCGCGUUCGGUUCAAACACUUACCACAGACCUCCUCCCAAAGGGCUCAUUUAUUUUGUGGUGGAGGCUUUCAAAGACACCACCAUUCUCAUCCUACUGGGCUGUGCUGCUCUCUCUCUUGGCUUCGGCAUCAAAGAACAUGGAGCGCAAGAAGGUUGGUACGAAGGUGGAAGCAUAUUCGUUGCUGUCUUUCUGGUUGUUGCUGUAUCUGCACUCAGUAACUUCAGACAGGAAAGGCAAUUCCACAAGUUAUCAAAAAUAAGUAAUGAUAUUAAAAUUGAUGUUGUCAGAGAAGGCAGGCGGCAAAAGAUUUCCAUCUUCAAUGUUGUCGUUGGAGAUGUCGUGUUUCUAGUGAUUGGCGAUCAAAUUCCUGCAGACGGAUUGUUCUUAAGUGGGCAUUCUUUGCAAGUGGACGAGUCAAGCAUGACGGGAGAGAGUGACUAUGUGGAGGUCGACUCUAAGCAGAACCCUUUCUUGUUAUCUGGUUCAAAGGUGGCAGAUGGGUAUGCUCAGAUGCUCGUGACAUCAGUGGGUAUGAACACCGCAUGGGGUGAGAUGAUGAGCUCAAUAACACGUGAUUCCAACGAACAAACACCAUUACAAGCUCGGCUUGACAAGUUGACCUCAUCUAUUGGAAAGGUAGGUCUCGCUGUUGCUUUUCUAGUUCUUGUAGUAUUGUUAAUUCGUUAUUUCACGGGGAACACAGAAGAUCAGAAUGGAAAUCAGGAAUAUAUUGGCAAAAGAACAGAUAUAGAUGAUGUGUUCAAUUCUGUGGUGCGUAUUGUUGCUGCUGCAGUCACUAUUGUGGUGGUGGCAAUUCCUGAAGGUCUACCGUUGGCUGUCACGCUAACACUUGCUUACUCCAUGAAGAGAAUGAUGGCUGAUCAGGCAAUGGUCAGGAAGCUUUCAGCUUGUGAGACCAUGGGCUCAGCCACUGUUAUUUGCACCGAUAAAACGGGAACACUGACAAUGAAUCAAAUGAAAGUGACCAAGUUCUGGCUUGGCCAGGAAGCCAUGGGAGAAUCUUAUUCCAAUAUAAUUGGCCAAGAAGUCCGUGAAUUGUACCACCAAGGAGUUGGUUUGAAUACCACUGGCACUGUUUACCAACCAGUUCCAGGAUCUGUACCCGAGUUUUCUGGUAGUCCAACUGAAAAGGCAAUACUUUCUUGGGCUGUCCAGGAAUUGGGUAUGGAUAUGGAGAAAUUGAAGCAAAGUUCUACCAUACUGCAUGUUGAAACUUUCAACUCAGAGAAGAAAAGAAGUGGGGUUUCCUUGAGGAAGAAGGCUGACAACACCAUUCAUGUGCACUGGAAAGGAGCUGCUGAGAUGGUACUAGCAAUGUGUUCGAGUUAUAUUCAGAGUACUGGGUAUAUUAAGUCAAUAAGUGAAGAUGACAGGACGCAAUUUGAGAAGAUAAUCCAAGGAAUGGCAGCAAGUAGCCUCCGUUGCAUUGCUUUCGCACAUAAGCAAAUCCCAGAGGAUGAAAUGGAAUACAGGGAAGAUGGAAUAACCCAUCAAAAGCUAAAAGAAGAUGGUUUGACCUUGCUAGGGAUCGUUGGUCUCAAGGAUCCAUGUAGAUCAGGGGCAAAGAAAGCCAUUCAGGUUUGCAGAUCUGCAGGAGUGAGCAUCAAAAUGAUAACUGGAGAUAAUGUUUUCACAGCGAAAGCAAUAGCAACAGAAUGUGGAAUUCUUGGACCUGAUGAACAAGCAACCAGCGGAGAAGUGGUCGAAGGUUUUGAGUUCCGGAACUACACUCAUGAGGAGAGAAUGCAGAAGGUUGAUGAUAUCCGCGUGAUGGCAAGAUCCUCACCUUUUGACAAGCUUUUGAUGGUACAAUGCUUGAAACAAAAAGGUCAUGUGGUUGCAGUUACGGGAGAUGGAACGAACGAUGCACCUGCACUAAAAGAAGCAGACAUAGGACUCUCCAUGGGAAUUCAAGGCACAGAGGUUGCCAAGGAGAGCUCAGAUAUUGUCAUCUUGGAUGAUGAUUUUUCCUCUGUGGCUACAGUUUUGAGGUGGGGACGAUGUGUUUAUAACAAUAUUCAGAAAUUUAUUCAAUUUCAACUCACAGUGAAUGUUGCAGCUCUGGUGAUCAACUUUAUUGCAGCGGUUUCUGCCGGUGAAGUUCCCCUAACAGCAGUUCAAUUGUUGUGGGUAAACCUCAUAAUGGAUACCUUGGGCGCUCUGGCUCUUGCUACAGAGCGGCCCACUAAUGAGCUAAUGCACAAGCCGCCAGUGGGUCGGACUGAACCCCUUAUAACAAAUAUUAUGUGGAGAAACCUUUUGGCACAAUCUCUAUACCAGAUAGCCGUUCUAUUGACCUUACAAUUCAGGGGUAAGUCAAUCUUUAGUGUGAAUGAGGCAGUAAAGGAUACUCUCAUCUUCAACACUUUUGUACUUUGCCAAGUUUUCAAUGAAUUCAACGCGAGGAAGUUGGAGAAGCAGAAUGUGUUCACAGGUCUUCAUAAAAACCAUCUGUUUAUUGGGAUCAUCGGAAUAACUAUUGUUCUUCAGGUUGUGAUGGUGGAGUUCCUAAAGAAAUUUGCAGAUACAGUUAAUUUAAAUUGGUGGCAAUGGGGAUUUUGUAUUGCAGUUGCAGCUUUAUCAUGGCCAAUUGGUUGGUUUGUCAAACUCAUCCCUGUUCCAAACAAACCAUUCCUAAGCUAUCUCAAAGAUAGAUAUUCGAAUCCAUAGGACUUUGCAGCUCCAGCCUUACCUUUACAUGCAGAGAGCCCUUUACCUCCAGGUCAUGAACUUCACAAACCAACCAAUUUGCCAUGACAAAGCUACAACUGCAAUACAAAAUUCCCAUUGCCACCAAUUUAAAUUCUUUGUAUCCGCACCAACAAGCCAGUGGCCUAGUAGUACCAAGCUCCUACUUUCUAAAGGGAGGUCAGGGGUUCAAGCCUCGGUGGAAGCAUGUGUGUGUGAGUACCAAUUAAGAAAAAAAAAAAAUUUCUCUGUAUCUGCAAAUUUCUUUAGGAACUCCACCAUCACAACCUGAAGAGUAGUGUUGCGCCAAAACCUGUCCUCCGGUCAUUGCUUGGUGAAAUGGUAAAAAGCUUGCAUGACAAACGUGAGAUUGAAGAUUCCAGUCUAAGGGUAGCCACUUUGUGCAAAUAUUGUCAGAUUUUAGGUUUUGCCCGCUCAAUCGUCCCUACCACAUGUAUUACAGAGACCAGCACUAGGUAACGGUUACAAAGCUUCGAAUCUAGACAAAUAUAUCAUCCAGCAUUAAAUCCAAGUAUUCUGGCCAGCCAAAUCUCUAUGAACAGGAAUUCAGCAAAAUAGUAUUGUGUAGCUGGCCCGGGUAGUAGCUGGGGGAAAGGCUUUGCGGAGGAGAGUUGGGUUACAAAUCAUUUUGUCAGGUUCCCUUUUCAUGAAGAAUUUGAAUGUCUUUCGAGUUCUUGGCCCGAGGGUCAGUGUGUCAUCAAGCUCGUCUUACCAAUAUGUUAGCGUGAAGAAGGAGGUGGACAGAAAUCUUCGACAAGCUCACUUCAAUUCAUUUCCCUAUCUUCUUCUGCAUUGAUAUUGGAUAAGACCAAAUGAAAAAAGAAUUUAGGAGAAGAGGCAAAGUGAGUUGGGGACUACUCUUGCUUGAUCACUUCAUUAUCUUGGAAACUCUAAUCCAACAACCGGAGAGAUAUGAUUGAUCUCCUUGAGGAUUCUAUCCAUUCAUAGUUUCCUAUUUGUAUUACUAUUAGAAAUAGCCCCAAUUUUCAUAUUUGUAUUACUAUUAUCUUUGUGAAUAAAUUGAUUGUAUAGCCGGCCUUGCAUUUUGUUCUUGGGCUGUGCUCCCCUU